AAUGUUGAUGUGGGGAGUUCUUCUCCUGGGGGCUGUUAUAAUUUUAUGUGUUAUUUUAUGGACUCACUGUAUGGAUGUUAUGGGACAAACUCAGAUUACUCCUUUAAGCACUGUGAUUAAUCAUUUUCAGGAAGUAGAGGCAAGAGCUAAUGAUUUUAGUAUAGAGGUCUGGAAGGACGAAUGGCAGACUUGUUGUUCAAGUGAGUGGCCAGCUUUCAAUGUCGGAUGGCCACCAGAGGGAACAUUCGAUCUCCCUACCAUUCGCCGGGUUCGGAGUGUCGUCUCUCAUCCCAAGACAGGUUACCCCGAUCAGCUCCCAUACAUUAUAAUGUGGCAGGACCUUGUGGAGAACCCACCCUUUUGGCUUAAACACUCUGUGGCUCCGCCCCCCUCGGAGCCAAAACCUAUUUUUGCCUUACAGGGAAAGGAGAGGACAGAGAAGAAAAUCACCCUGCCAUCAGCUCCCCCCUACUCUGUCUUGCAGGGGGGAACUGAAGAAGAAUUAAUUUUUCCUCCCCCGUAUCAGUUCCCUAGGGUGCCGGAGGAGGAAACUGACCCUCCCCCAUUGAGGGAAGCAGAUGCCACAAGGAGAGCGGGAAGCCCGCCGCAUACCAGACAAAGAGCCCAGAGGGAACAAACCACCUUCAUCGCAGACUCCACUGUUAAGACUUUACCCCUUCGAGCCACUGGUCCCCCAGAUGAGAGGGGCGAUCAGCCCCAUCACUACUGGCCUUUCGCCACUAGCGACCUUUAUAAUUGGAAAACUCAAAAUCCUGAGUUUUCUAAGAAGCCAGCGGGGCUUAUUAAUCUGUUAGAUUCUAUCAUUUUUACCCAUCAGCCAACCUGGGACGACUGCCAGCAGCUCUUGCAGGUCCUGUUCACCACCGAGGAGAGGGAGAGGAUCCUCAAUGAGGCCCGGAAGCUGGUUCCAGGCGUGGAUGGAAAUCCUACCACCAACCAAGCUCAGAUAGAAACCUCUUUCCCUCUGACUAGGCCUGAAUGGGAUUUCAACACAGCAGAAGGUAAGGAGAGGCUCCGGGUCUACCGCCAGGCUCUGAUGGGGGGUCUCCGGGCGGCUGCCAGAAAACCGACUAAUCUGGCUAAGGUAGGCAGCGUACAGCAGGAGAAGGAUGAAUCUCCAGCAGCCUUUUUAGAGCGGAUCAUGGAGGCAUUCCGCACCUAUACCCCCAUGGAUCCAGAGGCUCCUGAGAGUAAGGCAGCUGUUAUUGUAGCCUUUGUAAACCAGUCUGCUGCAGAUAUUAGGAGAAAAUUGCAAAGAAUAGAUAGACUGGGAGAGAAGAGUCUGCAGGACUUGUUGGUGGUGGCUGAAAAGGUGUACAAUAACCGGGAGCCCCCUGAAGAUAAACAGGCUCGCAGGCAGACUCCAGACCUGGCUAGGAUCCUGUGGGCCGCCACUAUGGAUUCCCCUGAGAAACGGGACCUCCGCCUCCGACAGCUUGCAAACGAUCGAAAGAAGGGUAAGGAGACCUCCGGGGAAGGGAAGUGGAAACUGCAGAAGGACCAAUGUGCAUACUGCAAGAAGAUAGGGCAUUGGGCUCAAGAAUGUCCUAAGAGAGGCAGUGGGAAGGGGAGCAAGAGAGACCGAGUAAAGGUCUUGGGGCUUGAUGAACUAAGUGAUUAGGGGAGUCAGGGUUCGGACCCCCUCCCCGAGCCCAGGGUAACUCUUAGAGUGGAGGGGACCCCUGUGGACUUCCUUGUUGACACCGGAGCGCAGCAUUCGGUCCUCUGCACUCCACAAGGAAAACUAACUAGCAAAAAGUCCUGGGUGCAAGGGGCAACUGGUAUGAACCAGUAUUCAUGGACUACCCGAAGAACAGUGGAUUUAGGGAUGGGCCGGGUAACCCACUCCUUCAUGGUAAUACCGGAAUGCCCCUACCCACUGUUAGGACGGGACUUACUGACCAAGAUUGGAGCUCAGAUAACUUUCAGACAAGGGGGGCCUCAGGUCACCGAUGGCGAGGGCCACCCCAUCCACGUUCUGACUCUGAGGCUAGAGGAUGAGUACCGCCUCCACCAGGAGGCACUCCCAAGGGGGGAUAACAUGGAUAGAUGGCUACGAGAAUUCCCCACAGCCUGGGCAGAGACAGGAGGGGUAGGACUAGCUGCUCACAGGACCCCAGUCCUAGUGGAGCUAAAGCCAGGAGAAGGUCCAGUAAGGAUCAAACAGUACCCCAUGUCUCAGGAGGCCCGGGAGGGAAUUCAGCUACACAUCCAGAGACUGCGGAGUCUAGGGGUGCUGGUUCCCUGCCAAUCUGCCUGGAACACCCCCCUACUGCCGGUCAAGAAGCCUCACACAAAUGAUUACCGACCGGUGCAAGACCUCCGGGAAGUAAAUAAAAGAGUCAUGGACAUACACGCAACUGUCCCCAAUCCGUACACUCUCUUGAGCUCCCUGGUGCCCACCAGAAUCUGGUAUACUGUAUUAGAUUUAAAGGACGCCUUCUUCAGUCUGCCGCUAGCACCCAGAAGCCAACCCUUGUUUGCCUUCGAGUGGCAUGAUCCAGAGGAGGGCUACAGUGGACAACUCACCUGGACACGACUGCCUCAGGGGUUCAAGAAUUCGCCCACCAUCUUUAAUGAGGCACUACACGAAGACCUGGGUGAGUAUAGAAGGGAGCACCCUGGCCUCACCCUCCUACAGUACGUAGAUGACAUCCUGAUUGCUGCCGACACGGCCAAGGACUGUGAAGAAGAAUUAGAGCGAAUCAAAAGCCACCCCACAAACAAGGAAGUCAGGGGCUGGUGGUAUGCUCCAGACGGGAAGCUCCUGCUACCAGACCAGCUUGGGAUCCCGAUGUUGAAACACAUACACCAAUCGACGCACCUAGGGUCCCGGAAACUAAAGGAUUUGGUCCGGCAUGCUAAGAUCAAAAUUCACCAGCUGGACGCCAGAAUAGAUCAAAUUGUAUCAGCCUGUAAAACUUGCCAGCUUACAAAUGCAAGGGCCGGGUCAAGUGGAAAAGGAACCCGGCUCAGAGGAACAAAGCCCGGGGUGCACUGGGAGAUUGACUUCACUGAGGUAAGGCCGGGAAAGUAUGGCUAUAAAUACCUUCUAGUUUUUAUAGAUACCUUUUCUGGAUGGGUAGAAGCAUAUCCAACUAAGCAUGAAACAGCCCAGAUGGUUGCUAAGAAGCUACUGGAGGACAUUCUACCCAGGUACGGUUUCCCAGCUGUGAUAGGAUCGGACAAUGGCCCGGCUUUCAUCUCACAGGUAACACAGGCAGUAGCCAAGGCCAUAGGGGCAAAUUGGAAAUUACAUUGUGCGUAUAGGCCCCAAAGCUCAGGACAGGUAGAAAGAAUAAAUAGAACAUUAAAAGAGACCCUUUCUAAAUUAACCAUAGAGACUGGCGGGGACUGGGUGGCUCUCCUUCCCUAUGCUCUUUACCGGGUGAGGAACUCACCCUAUACCCUAGGCUUCACUCCCUAUGAAAUUAUGUUUGGUAGGCCCCCGCCUAUCAUUCCCAAUCUUAAGGCAGAACUGCUAACUGAAUUUGAAAACCAAGAAAUAUCUUUUUCUUUAAGAAGGCUCCAGAGGGCACAUGAGGACAUUUGGCCACGCCUACAGGCCAUCUACGAGGCUGGCCCGAUCCCAACGCCCCACCAGUACCGGCCGGGAGACUGGGUCUUUGUCAAAAGACACCGCUGGGAGACGCUUGAACCAAGUUGGAAAGGACCAUACAUCGUAGUGCUGACGACGCCCACCGCCCUCAAAGUGGAUGGCAUUGCGACCUGGGUCCACCACACCCAUGUUCGGCCAGCUGACUCCUCUGCGAUCCGGAAAGACUUCGCCAACGGAUGGAGCAUCGACCGAGACCGAGACAACCCCCUCAAGCUCAAGUUACGGCGUACUCAAUCUGCCUGA